AGGGGGUGUUGUGGAGGAGGGGAGAGUCUGAGGGAGGGAACUUAAGACGGUGAGAGCAGAGGACUGUCGUGAGUACACGGUGAGAGCAGACAGUGGGAACCAGAGAAAAUAAGACUUGAAACGUCCACCACCAUCAAACAGAGAUGACGUCACUGCGUAAAAACCUGGCUGUGCUAAUCCUUUUUCUGAGUGCCUCGCCUCUCCUCCACUCCCACCUCUUCACCCAUGCCGCCUCUACUUUAGCUCCCACCACUCGUGCGCAGAUCAUAUUCGUGACUGGCUUAACCUCAGAUGAUAACUAUGAAGAUGAUUACUUUGACAAUGACAACCACAGCACUCCUCCUAAAGUGGUGGAAUCCGUGCAGACUACCUUACUCCAACAAAAGCCGCAGCUCUGCCAGUACAACCCCUGCUUGGAGAAUCAGGAGCCCUGCAACAAAAUUUCAGAAAGGAUUGGGUGCCUCUGUCCUGGGGUCAGCGGGGCCGAUGAGCCUCCUCAUGCUCCACGCAUCCAAGUGCUGCAGCCAAUCAGUGAAGGGGGUGACAGAGGGAAGAUAGAGGUCCAGUGGUGUGCUCCGUCUUCUGUGGUUUCUGGGUACAGAUUGGUGAUAGAGGGGAGGGAAACCCUGGAGUUUCAGAAAGUUUCGCGACGAGGUUUGGUCAUAUCUUUGGAAGUUGGCACUAAGGUGUGCGUGGAGGCAGUGAACAGUGCAGGACACAGCACCCCCUCAGAUUUCUCCUGUAAGCGGUACGACCCUCCUGAAUCUUCCGACCAUAAACUGUUGGCUGGGGUUAUAGGAGGAGGAGUUGCCCUCUUUCUACUUCUCAUCAUAGCAGCUGUGAUCUUCUGGAAGUAUCAAAUGCGUAAAAAGGCAAAGAGGGACUCCGCUGAUGGACUAGGGAACCCUUCUUACAGCACAGAGGGGACUCUGUGAUCAAGACUAGUUCAGCACAGACAAUCCAUCUCAGUGACACUGAACAGGCCCCAGGAGACACGGGGCACAGCAACGGUGUAAUCAUGAACAAAAGGCAAACAUUUCUGGGGUGGUGUUAUGAUUGAUUAUAGAAAUUAAGAAGUUGUUUAUACUCCUGUUUCAAGGAAUAUGUUCAUGGAAUAACACUAACAAUUCUGUUACUUUGUGGUUAUAACUACAGGUUUAUUUGCUGGCAAAUUAAGCUUUGUAGGUUUAUUGUAGUGUUUUUUUGUAUUGUCAUGGCUAAAUUUAAUUGUAGAUAUUUUUUUAGGAUAUAGGUACUGACUUUCAUAAGAAACUAAAACUUAUUUUAAUAAAAACAAUGUG